GUGGGGCGUGAGAGUCUCUAUAUCAAACAAGCUUUGCGUUUAUGCUGAAAAUAUUACAGAAAUAGGAUGUGAAUUAGAACUAGAGAAUGCUUUUAGAGGAAUUAAUAAUAGGAAGGGUAAUACUUAAAGAGGAGCCACUGGUAUACACACAGAUCAAGCAAGCGAGAGAAGAGAGAAGACAUUUGCACCAAGACCAAGAAAUACAAGAGUAGGAGUCAGCUGGGUGGGGUACAGGGGAGGAAAGACAUGAGAACAGACGUGGGGACAGCUCCUUAGGGAAAACUUAAUGAUUUUAUGAUUUAUUGGUUGAUCGAUUAUUAUAAGUUUGAAAGAGAAUGUGUUCAGUAAUUCUCUGAGAUUUCUGGAAAGCCUGGGGAGUGGUGGUCUCAUGGCCAGAGAAUGAAGGAAAAAAAAAAAUUAAGAAAGAAAUGUUAGUUGCAAAAUCAGGAAAAAUGCCGAUCACAUAUUACCAUGCUAUAAAUGAAAGUUUAAAAAAAAAAGCACAACAGAAGAGUUUCAGCUGCACAUAAUGAAAAAUCAGUGACACGUGAUGAGUUCAUUGACAUGAACUUGAAAAAUACAUUCUCCCUGAAAAUUUACCCAUGUUGAUAUUGAAAAAAGCGUGUGGGUUGUUCUACAAGGUGAACCCUUAACCUCAUAGGUGAAUCCUCAGCCCAAGCGGUAGACAUCUAAGACCCUGGAGGAAGCCAGUUCACGAUUUCCAGCCUGGUCAGGCCUGGGUGCCUCUCAUGCUCUGGGAUGAGGAAGCCCCUCCCUCUGUGACUUUUUUGCCAGAGGAAGAGGCCUGUGGAGCUGCGUGAAGAGUGCGUGUGCUCUGGAAGGCUGGAGCAGGAUCUGCCUUAAAUGCAAAUAUCCUCAGAGUGGAGCAUGGCCUUGAGCCUGGAGGGAAGCCCUCUCCAGGGAAAGAGCUGGAGGCCAAGAACCUGUCACUCCUUCCUUACCCAACACUGUCUCCUCCUUCCAUUUCAGGUUCCAGGUGUGGUGCAGGGAGAGCUAGUCCAGUCAGGCAGUGGGGGACGGAGGACGACCAUCUUGCAUAUCCAUGCAAUCAUAAGUAAGGAUUUUAAUUGCUCUGACUGGCUCUGUGGACCAAACAUCAUUUGUCUUCCUGCCAGCUGCCUAGUGGCCCUGCUUACACUACCAUCCCUCUUCCUGGAGUGGCUUCUUGGGCUUAGAGAGCACAUUCACUUAGACCUCCAGAAGCUGGAGCCAGGAAAUGGAUUCAGCUUUUGAGGAUGUGGCUGUGGACUUCACCCAGGAAGAGUGGGCAUUGCUGGAUCUGUCUCAGAGGAAGCUCUACAGAGAUGUGAUGGUGGAAACCUUCAGAAACCUGGCCUCAGUAGUUUCUCAAAAACUUAACAAUGGAGAAAAGCUAUCCACUGAAAAUAUAUUACGAUUCAUGAAAAAUGACACCUGGUCCUCCAUGGUAGUAGAAAUGUGCGAAUUACAUGGCAUUGAAGAUCAAGAUAACGAGAAAACACAUGUGAGGAGGCAUAUGGUAGAGAAUCUCUGUGAAAGUAAUGAACACAAUCAGUGUGAACAGACCUUCAACUGGAUCCCAGAUCUUUCUGUGCUCAGAAGAACACCUAUGGAAGCAUACCCUUCUGAAUGCCUUGAAUGUGGAAAAUCCUUGAUGGAUCAUUCAUCACUUACGCAUCAUAUCAGAUCUCACUCCGGAUGCAGUGCCUCUCAGUGUAGGGAAUGUGGAGAAUCCUGCACUUGUCCCUCUUACCUCAGCACUGCUGUGAGAACUCUUACUGGGGAGAAACCCUAUGCACAUAAGGAAUGUGGGAAAGCCUUUCAUAACUCCUCAGGCCUCACUGGACAUGUAAGAAUUCACAGUAGAGAGAUGCCUUACGAAUGUAAGGAAUGCGGCAAAGCCUUUUGUCAUCCUUCAAACCUGAAUAGACACAUGAGAAUUCACAGUGGAGAGAGGCCUUAUGAAUGUAAGGAAUGUAGCAAAGCCUUUAGUCAGUUCUCACACCUUACUAAACAUAUAAGAAGUCACAGUGGAGAGAGGCCUUAUGAAUGUAAGGAAUGUGGCAAAGCCUUUCAUCAGUCCUCCAACCUCACUACACAUAUGAGAACUCACAGUGGAGAGAGGCCUUAUGAAUGCAAAGAAUGUGGGAAAGCCUUUAGUCAGUCCUCAAAUCUCACUGCACAUAUAAUAACUCACAGCGGAGAGAGGCCUUAUAAAUGUAAGGAAUGUGGUAAAGCCUUUCGUCAUUCCUCACACCUCACUAGACAUAUGAGAAUUCACAGUGGAGAGAGGCCUUAUGAAUGUAAGGAAUGUGGCAAAGCCUUUCGUCAGGCCUCAGACUUCACUAAACAUAUGAGAACUCACAGUGGGGAGAGGCCUUAUAAAUGUAAGGAAUGCGGCAAAGCCUUUCGUCAGUCCUCAGACUUCACUACACAUAUGAGAACUCACAGUGGAGAGAGGCCUUAUGUAUGUAAGGAGUGUGGCAAAGCUUUUAAUCAGUCAUCACACCUCACUGUACAUAUGAGAAGUCACAAUGGGGAGAGGCCUUAUGAAUGUAAGGAAUGUGGCAAAGCCUUUAGUCAGUCCUCAAACCUCACUGAACAUGUGAUAAUUCACAGUGGAGAGAGGCCUUAUGAAUGUAAGGAAUGUGGCAAAGCCUUUAGUCAGUCCUCAAACCUCAUUAUGCAUAAAAGAACUCACAGUGGAGAGAGACCUUAUGGAUGUAAGGAAUGUGGCAAAGCCUUUCGUCAUUUCUCACACCUCACUACACAUAUGAGAGUUCACAGUGGAGAAAGGCCUUAUGAAUGUAAGGAAUGUGGAAAAGUCUUUACUCAGUCCUCAAACCUCACUAUACAUAUGAGAAAUCACAGUGGUGAGAGACCUUAAGUAAAGAAUGUGGGAAAACCUUUAGUCAGACCUCUAACCUCACUAUACAUAUAAGAAACCACAGUGGUGAGAGGCCUUAAGUAAGGAAUGUGGGAAAGCCAUUAGUCAGUCUCCAGUUCUUACUGAGCAUAAAUAACCUCGCAGUGGGAGAGAGUUUGUGAAUAUAAGGAAUAUGGGAAAGCAUUUAGUUGUUAUUCCUUAUCCUUCACUGAAUACAUAAGAAAUCACCCUGGGAGAGAAACAUUUUGAAUAUAUGGAAUGUGGGAAACUCUUUUAUGAAUCCUCAAACCUUACUAAUCACAUUAAAAAAUCACAGUGGAGAGAUAAUUUAAAUGUAAGGAAUGUCAGAAUGUUUUCAGAUGUCCCACUUCCUUUGGAACACAUCUGAGAAAGAUAGUGGAGAGAAACAAUGUGUGUUUCAGUAAUGUUGGGUAGCUUUGAUCUUUUUUUUUUUUUUCUUACCUGAAAGAACAUAUAUAGCAGAGAAACCAUGUAAGUGUAAGGAAUGUGGGGAAAUUUUUUUUUCUCUUGUAUUUUCAAAGACGUUCUAAUUUGCGCGCAUGGGAAAACCUUCCCUAGGCAUAGGAGUUGUGAGUGGUGACACUGGAGAGACAUCAUGUAAAUGUAAGGUUCCUGGGAGCACCUACAAGUCUUUUUAAAUUCUUAGAUGUCGUGAGCUACUACACUGUGGAUAAAUCCUAUGAAUGUAAAAGAUGAUGGACGCCUUCAGUGUCCCUCCUUACUCAGGACACCAAUGAAGCCUCACACACUAGAGAGACACUGUGACUAUAAGCAUUGUGCAAAAGCCUUCAUUCACAUGUGUUUUGAAGCACAUUUUCUUUUUAUCAACUAUGUUAAAUUUUAAUUUUAAUUUUUUUUUUCAGAGUAUAAAGCAAUGUGUUCUCAUUGUAGAAAAUUUGACUUUAAUUGAAAAGAGUGUGGAAAAAGCAGAAAUUACUUAAAAUCUCACCACUCUUGUGUGGUCAAAUGAGUUGUUUUCUGUGGUAUUUUUACUUGGUUCUUUGGAAAAACAGCUUGACGAAUUUUUUUUGCCCGUAAACCCUGAGGAGUUAUCUUUGCUCUGGUUUUCUACCCCUGAGAAUUUUUUGCCUUUGUCCAGGUUGCUAUUUCCUGGGUAUGCUGUAAACAACUUGAUGAUUUGAUACUUUUUAUUUAGCCCUGGGAUGCAAUCUGCCCUGUAAUUGGUCUAUUUUAUGCACUUUGAGGGAUUGGUCAACGUAUUAUGCAAAUUGAGUGAUUUGCAGUCCACCGAAGGGAUUGAUGUCUUUGUGGUCCUGCUGGGAGGGCCAUACCUUGAGACUGACAAGGAGUUUGCUUAUAUAAGCAGCCAGCCCACAGGUUUUUAGAGGCAAGAAUGGAGAAGCAGAGAGAGAGAACGCAGGGAACCUCCUAAAAGAGCUGUAACACUGAAGCCAGCAAGGAGCCCAGAAGGGGGCCUGUGGCAGCGAUGACUGCAGAAAGCUACUAUUAGGAAAGUAGCUAAGAGCUAAGCAAGCUGCUACGCUGGUUGUGUGUUGGGCCAGUUGGCAGCGGAGAGGUCGACAAAGGCAAAGAGGCCUUUGUGGCCUUGUAGGGGCAUGCAGUGUCAAGAGGGAGCAUGCAUGACCAAGAGGAGGCCUUCACUACCGAGAGAAGGCCUGUCCUGAUGGGGCCAAGAGGAGGUCUGUCCUAAGGGUUUGAGAGAGGAUGGGCACUACCAAGUGGGUGCAGGCAUGGCCAAGAGAAGGGCCUCCCUGCUUGCAUAGCCAGGAAGAGCUGAGAGAGCUGUCCCGCAUCGAAGAAGCUAUGGAAGGGUGUGCUCACCACUUCAGGAAAUCCAGAACUUGCCCAUGUGCUUCCCGAUCCUGAUCUCAAGUUGUUCCUGUUGCCUCCAGGCUGAUCCUGAUCCCAGGUUGUAGCCUGUUACUUCCCUAAUAAACCACAUAACUGUUGAGUA